AUGUCGAAGAGAAUAAUGUGUGAAGUAUUCUGUACUGCUGAAGAUAUGGGUCUUCAAAUAUUUUACCAGGACUGUGAUAGCAUGCAUAUUUUCAAUGAAGACAUACCAAAGCUUGCAGCAGAGUUUAAGAAGAGAUACGGUAGAGAACUUAUUGGUAAAACAUUAGGUCAAUUUCAUUCUGAUUUCGCAGAAAUAACACCUGGAAAACAAAGUUUAGCAUACAAGUCAAUAUUUUGUGGAAAGAAGACUUACAUAGACUUACUCACUAACGAUUUAAAUGAAGUUGCAUUCCAUGCACGUUGCAAAGGUGUCAAACAAGACGUCCUUGCUUUAACAGCAAAUGAAAUGUUUCCUGAAGCUAUACAAUGCUAUUACAAUGAAGAUAAGAACAUUCACAUACCUGUUGGAACAUAUGACAAAGACUCUGAGUUCAGUUUAAUGAAACUUUACAAAGCACUUUAUGAUGGUCAAGAGAUUGGAUUUGACUUAUGUAAGUCUGCUACACCUGCAUUUGAAGAGAAGUUUAACUUCUCAAUAACGACUAAAACAAGCUUUAUUCGUAAGUUGAAGUUCUGA